AUGGCAUCUCACGACGACUUAAGCGAUAUCGAGAUGGCGACACGGCCUCAACACCUGACCCAACAGGCAAAUCAUGAAAAGGUCACAUCUACGUCUCGAAUAGAAACAGAGCAAGACCAUGAGACGUUGCCAAUGUUGCCUGGCUCAACUCGAACAUCCAAUAACAGACGAUAUUCCUGGUGGCAGAGCAUAGGGCCAAUCAGCGCUACUAUCCUCAUAGUCGGCACCCUGGUCAUUCUAGCCUCAUUCUUCAUUCUUAUCGUCCUCUGGCACGGUGCUGCAGAUGCUAUAAAUCACAAAACUCCUAUGAUUCCAAGUCUGUGGAAGACAAUUGUCUUUAAAGACAGGACUGCACAAGUCAUAACCAUUUGCUCUGCUACGAUUCGGACUUCUAUGUCACUGCAAAUAGGUGUGCUUGUUUCGGCUUUAGCUGCAGUCAUACUCGAGACGUCGGGAACAAGAAUGAUGGAUAUUCCUGUUUUAUCCAUUGGCAGGAUGCAAUCAAGCCCUAUCGGCAUGCUUCCCAUUGUUCUCAGGCAAGCAAUAAAUAGUCUUUCAGGGGCUUGGCAUUCUUGCAUUAUCAUCACAUCGGUUAUCAUCCUACUUGUCUCCAACUUAAACUCCACAAUACUCCUGUCUGACUUGGGAAAUUCUGACAUCCCAGGUCCGCAUGUCAAAAACGACACAGGUAUUUCCUUCAGAUCAUCGGUUGGGAUAGGUGCCCAAGAUAUCAUGUCUUGGGCCGUCAAGCCAAAGGCACAGUGGCGCUUCGCUGAAACACGAUUUGGCAAAAGCACAUUUGGUGAUACCGGGCGGGUUUAUCGUGCGUUUCUGCCUUUUCAAGAUGAAUAUACAAGAGCAUCGCUAGAGUACUAUUCAGGACCUGCCGUUGUCGCUAAUACAAGGACUAUUUGUACUCCCCUUCCAUUGUACGAGAUCAGCAUUGGGUACAGGUCAGAGGACGUUAUGAGAUUUGGACCAACAUUGCACCUACGGGAGAAAAGGCACCUUCGAGAGUUUGAAUGUGGAAUACUUCCAACUGCAGGAGUAAAUAGAACAAGCUGGUCUGUAACACUGUGUUCAAACCAUACCGGCAAAGACGCUCGUCAAUUCGAUGAUGAGCUCAACAUCAAGCUCAAUAGUGAUAGAACACUGCUACUCGAAAGAGAGAAAUACCGCAUGAGAAAUAUCUUCAUCAUAAACACAACAGCUGAUAUCUGGCCGAUGUUGAAGGAGGAUGGAGUGAUUCCGAAGCGACUUCAAAAGCUAUCGUCAAAGGCGGAAGGGUUAUGGACGCGAAUUUACGAUACAACUGGCGCCGAAGUUCUCGCUGCCACAGUUUGCAACGCCAACAUUGCCAAAGCAGGCAUCUAUAACGUCACCAUGACUGGCGACGCUAUCCCUAGGGAGCCGCAUUGGACUCCUAACUUUAACUACUAUGACGGUUCUAGUUACACCUUGGAUCGACAGGGGUUCUUAAGAAACAAAACGAGGUCAAUCCUGUCGCAGUUCGGUAUUGGUGUUGAAACAAACGACACAGCGCAACGUGGCAUUUUAAAACUCGACAUCGGUCCUCUGACGGACGAGGAUAAUUCUUAUCCCCCUGGACUAGACAGGAGUGGCACGGACAGUUACUUAGAUGGCGUUCUAGAUGAAAAGUCGGUAGGAUCAAACACAACAUGGGACAUGAGUGACGGUAAUGUAGUCGUUCAAACAUGGUCGGCGCACGAACUUUAUCGUGCAGUUUUUCUGACCAGUCUGCUGAUAACAGGGGAUCCUGCACUUGCAAUCCAAAGUGUAUUGACAAGACUUCAACAAGUGCCCUACUACGAACUUCUCGAACAUAACGAUAUUAUAUACCCAAUUACUACCCAGCAUAUGACCAAAAGACUUAUCCCAGUCCAAUGGUUGGGACUCGGUCUCGUUAUUGGUAUGGCUGUUGUGCACCUGAUUCAGGUCUUUGUUGUUAUUAUUGUUUUUCUGUCUAGGACUAGACUCUCUGCUCUAGGCAAUGCGUGGCAGGCAGUCGCACAGGCAACUCAUGUCACAAAAGCUGUUGAGUCAUCUGAGACAGGCUUGGAUAAGGAUAUCAGUGCAUGGGCAGAGGCUAAUGGGCAAGACAAAGAUAUUUAUGUGUUAUCUCUGUCACCGCAAGCUGGGAAGGUGGAACUUCGCCGAAGACAACGGAAGGGUUGA